AUGUCGUCGGCCGCCCAGAAAGCGUCCGCGGCGCUCUUCUCGAUGGUCUCGCUCGAGGCCGCGGCGACGCGCGCCACGACACGCGAGCUGUCCGACAAGAUAUACCACGAGCUGCGCAUCGCGCUUCCGUCGCGCGAAGACGCACAACACACGCCGAUCGGCGAGCUGACACGCAUCCUGAGCGUGCAGAACGGCCAGCUGGAGCCGCUCGCGAACCUCGAGCUGUUCCUGCGCAGCAAGCGCAUGCACAACUCGCUCAUGGAGCGGUACAACCCGCUGUAUGGCAUGUCGGAGCAGGACCGCAUCAAGGCCACCGCCCGGCGGGUCGGCCUGGAUGUGCCGGCCGACCAAAAAGCGUAG